AUGAGGCUAACGGAGAAUGUUCCAAGUGCCUCUGUUACUUCCGCUAAAGCAAAGAUCUCAUCUUCCCUCGUUGCGAUGGGAGUUUCAAUGGCGAUGUUUCAUUUAAAUAAGGCGAUUGCGGACUAUCUCAGUACUAAUGGCUAUCAAGAUGCGCUCGAAGCGUUCAAGAAAGAAGCCGACAUGCCUGGGGAAGUGGAAAGAAAAUAUGGGGGUCUUCUGGAAAAGAAAUGGACCUCGGUCAUACGUUUGCAAAAGAAGGUAAUGGAACUGGAAUCCAAACUCUCUGAAGCAGAGAAGGAAUUUAUCGAAGGAGCACCGACACGUAGCAAACGGUCACCAUCUGAAUGGAUACCAAGGCCACCCGAAAAGUACAGUCUCACUGGACACAGAGCUCCCAUCAACAGAGUUAUUUUUCAUCCGGUUUUUAGUCUUAUAGUGUCUGCCAGCGAAGAUGCCACCAUCAAGGUGUGGGAUUUCGAGAGUGGCGAAUUCGAAAGAACAUUGAAAGGGCAUACUGACAGCGUGCAGGACGUCUCUUUCGACGUCUCCGGGAAACUGUUAGUCUCAUGCAGUGCGGACAUGUCUAUUAAGUUGUGGGACUUUCACCAGUCAUUCGCCUGCGUGAAAACCAUGCACGGACAUGAUCAUAGUGUCAGCUCUGUCGCAUUUGUGCCACAAGGAGAUUUCGUAGUGAGCGCCUCUAGGGAUAAGACCAUCAAAAUAUGGGAAGUCGCGACAGGGUAUUGUGUUAAAACGUUGACGGGACAUAGAGAGUGGGUACGGAUGGCCAGAGUCAGUCCCUGUGGAGAAUUAAUUGCUAGUUGCUCGAACGAUCAAACGGUACGAGUUUGGCAUGUCGCAACAAAGGAAACAAAGGUGGAACUCAGAGACCAUGAACACGUGGUGGAGUGUAUCGCAUGGGCACCAGACAGUGCAAGGGCAUCUAUCAAUGCUGCGGCAGGAGCAGACAAUAAGGGUGCCCAUGAAGGACCUUUCCUCGCAUCUGGCUCGCGAGACAAGGUAAUUCGCGUAUGGGACGUCGGUGCUGGUGUUUGUCUUUUUACCCUUUUGGGACAUGACAAUUGGGUUCGCGGCAUCGUCUUCCAUCCCGGUGGCAAGUUUAUCGUCAGUGCCUCUGACGAUAAGACCCUGCGAGUCUGGGACACGCGCAACAAACGGGUAAUGAAAACUCUCGAAGCGCACGUCCACUUUUGCACCUCCGUUGGUGAGUACACAAUACUUUAUAACUCGGCAAAAUACGUUUUUACUCGGAAAUUAUUUAAGAACCAACGAAGGUUCAAUUAGUCAUCCAAGAGCUGUAGAAUCAAAGAGAUUAAGUGAUCAUGUAACAUAUUGAAUCAUUUUUGUUAUCUCACGUAUGAUUAAGUAUUUUGAUUAUGUAACUUAGGAUAUUUGUUUUCUCAAAUUUCGAUCAGUCUUUUUAAUAUAUAUGUAUGUGUUUAAAAAUGAAAUAAUGAAAUUAUAUGUACUGUAAAUGAUUAAUUGAAGCAGAAAUUUGCUUUACUGUAGGAUAACUUCUUUUGAUAUAUUUACAAUUGUUUUUUAAACGGCAUAUUAUAUUCUAAUUAAUAUCAAAUUGAGUUGCAUGUUAUAAUAAAUAGUGUGACCUUGAUAUAAUGUAAGUUUAUAGAUUAUGCGAUAUACACGCCAACAAUGUACUAUUUUUAGAAUACAUUGAUCGAAAAAGUUUAUACUACUAGUUAUACUAGUUGAAUGAGAAAUUUUAUGAAUUUUUACAUUGUCAUUACUGAAGCCUCGAUUGUUUUUACUCUUCUAUUCUUAAAAGAUACACAUCAUAUUAACUGAGUAAUAAAAAUAGAAUGGAUCAAUAUUUACAGAAAUUUGAAAGCAAAACAAGCCGAUAUAAUUAUUUAUUUCUCAAAACAGUAAUUUACAUAUUUUUUAGUUUAAUCAAUGGAAAAGUUCAAUGUUUAUUUGAUAUUUUUGUCUUAUCUUUUAGUAAAUAUAGUUAUGUUACUCAUAUAUAAACAAUUCAACUUCGUAUAGGUAGACUUAUUCCAUGAAAAAAUACAAUAUCUAACGUGUAACGAUAGAUAUUUAAACGUUUUAAAUCAGAAAAUUGUUUUCCAAUAAUUUGUAUGUACUGAUUAUUGCAUAAAAUGAAUUUUAGAUUUUCACAAAAGCCAUCCUUACGUGGUCACCGGUAGUGUCGAUCAAACAGUAAAGAUUUGGGAAUGCCGCUAG